AUGAAUCGUAAAAAAUAUCGGUUCAAUUUGUUGGACGAACAGUUGGAAGACAUCAAUCGACAAUCUAUACAAGAUCGACCUGGAACGAGUGGUCUUCGUGGCAGUGGUGGUGUUGGUGGUAAGAAGAGAAAAUUGUAUCUGGAACCACCACUGUUACAAAAUGUGGUAGAUGAUGAUGGUAAUGAUGAUUAUGAUGAGCAGGAGGAGAAGGAGCCUACGCAAAAGGUUAGGAAAGCACCACCUCCACCACCACCACCACCAGCAGCAGCAUCUACAACAGUCACACGCGGCAAUGAUAACGAUGACAAUGAUGAUGAUGAUGAUGACACAUUGUUAUUGUCACAAAACAUAUUUCAAAAUAAAAAAGUGAUUUCUCCACAAGCUGACUCCAACAUGUUUUUCGCCUCACCGGUGAAGUGGAUCUUCUAUAAACAUAACGAUACAAACGUAUCGUUCGAUAAUUUGAACAUACUCCUGGAUAGCGACGUGACAGUCUGCACUCUCCAAAAAAAUCAAACGAUUUCUAUUGAGAAGAUAUACAAAAUGCAUAAAAGAUGUUCUAUCAACGUGGAAACCAUCGGAUACUGGACUCUUUCAGGUGGACUUGUUGAAUAUGGUAUAGAAAAAAAUGUGCUAAGAAGGCGAGGAAAUCUGAUGGGUACUACUUUGGACAGCUGCAUUGUGAUCACCAAUAAUGAUUCUUUGAAUCACCUAACAGAUAAAAGGUAUGAAAAUGUAUUCAUAUACACAACUGAACAGGGUGCGUUCCAUGAGCGAUGA